AGAGAGGAAUAGAGAGAGGAGGGAAAUAGAAAGAAAGAGACCGAGAUAGACAGGGACCGAGAGAGACCGGGACCGAGAGAGACAGGGACCGAGAGAGACCGGGACCGAGAUAGACCGGGACCGAGAGAGACAGGGACCGAGAUAGACAGGGACCGAGAUAGACCGGGACUGAGAGAGACAGGGACUGAGAGAGUAAUAAGGUGCACACACGGAUAUUACAAGCUAAAGUAAAGCUGUUGUUGACCUACUCUUCUGAAAGCACAGGGGAGGAGGACAGAAAGGGUGUGUGUGUGUGUGUAGAUGUGUGACAGCGGUGUGUGUGAAGACAAGCCCCCCGCCCCGCCUGUCAGAAUGAACAGCCAAGGAGGCGGAGCCAAGGACUCCGUGUCGGGCAACUAUAACUCUCGGUCCCUCCCCUCUGUUCCUGAGAAACAGAAACGAAGUAAAAUGAUCUCCAUAUUCGUCUCAGAGAAAGGAGGCAGGAAGAAGGAUCGGGAUAAGGACAACAGACCAGAGAUCUCCUCUCCGUCAGACUUUGAACACACCAUCCAUGUUGGCUUCGAUGCCGUCACAGGAGAGUUCACAGGCAUGCCAGAGCAGUGGUCCAAACUGCUCCAGACGUCUAACAUCAGUAAAUCGGAGCAGAAGCAGAAUCCUCAGGCUGUUCUGGACAUUCUGAAGUUCUACGACUCCUCCUCCGCAAAACAGAAAUACCUCUCCUUCUCAGAAAAAGAUGCACAGUCGCCUGGAAAGCAGGGUGCCACGUCCUCGCCAUCCGGCGGUAAGGACGGUGAUGAUGAUGACGAUGAUGGAGACGAAGCUCCGCCCCCUAUUGUGGCACCACGGCCUGAGCACACCAAAUCAGUGUACACUAAGUCUGUCAUCGACCCACUUCCCCCGCUGCCAGAGCCUGACUCCGCCUCCAACAGGAACAAGAAGAAACAGCAGGGCAAGAUGACUGACGAGGAAAUCAUGGAGAAACUACGAACCAUCGUCAGUAUUGGAGAUCCCAAGAAGAAGUACACACGCUAUGAGAAGAUCGGCCAGGGAGCGUCUGGUACUGUCUACACAGCCAUCGAUGUUGCCACUGGUGCAGAGGUAGCUAUCAAACAGAUCAACCUCCAGAAACAGCCGAAGAAGGAGCUGAUCAUCAACGAGAUCCUGGUGAUGAAGGAGUUACAGCAACCUAACAUCGUCAACUACGUAGACAGUUUCCUGGUAGGUGAGGAGUUGUUUGUGGUGAUGGAGUAUCUGGCUGGAGGUUCGCUAACGGACGUUGUCACGGAAACAUGCAUGGACGAGGCUCAGAUCGCUGCUGUGUGCAGAGAGUGUCUGCAGGCUCUGGAGUUCCUCCAUGCCAACCAGGUGAUCCACAGAGACAUCAAGAGUGACAACGUUCUGCUGGGAAUGGACGGAUCUGUCAAGCUCACUGACUUUGGGUUCUGUGCCCAGAUCACUCCAGAGCAGAGUAAGAGGAGCACCAUGGUGGGGACUCCCUACUGGAUGGCUCCUGAGGUGGUGACCAGGAAGGCCUACGGACCCAAGGUGGACAUCUGGUCCCUGGGCAUCAUGGCUAUAGAGAUGGUGGAGGGAGAGCCCCCUUACCUCAACGAGAACCCACUCAGGGCCCUCUACCUGAUAGCCACCAAUGGGACUCCAGAGCUCCAGUCUCCAGAGAAGUUAUCUCCAGUGUUCAGGUCCUUCCUGUCCCGCUGUCUGGAGAUGGAUGUAGAGAAGAGAGGAGGGGGGAAAGAACUACUGCAGCAUCCAUUCCUAAAGCUGGCCAAGCCUCUCUCCAGCCUCACCCCUCUCAUCCUGGCAGCCAAGGAGGCCAUGAAGAGUAACCGCUAACCCUGGUUAGCCACAGAUACACUGGAUUCCUAUAUUUCUGUGUUAGCCUGACCGCUAACUGCUAACUACUAGCUUUACCAGCUAACUUCCAGCCCUACUGUGCCAACACGUCAGUGCCUCUCUGUAAUUGACAGCAUCUCCUCCUUGAUGCUAAACGCUAGCCUGCUAGCGCCCUGGCUCGUACACCUACAAGUCACACAAGUCAGCCUCCUGCUCUGUUUGACUCCCCUUCCCCUCUGUCCUUCACCCCUCACUCCAUAUCACACACCAGUCUUCCUAUGUCUCUUACCCCCUCCCUCCCUGUCUGUCCCUCACCCCCCCUUCCCCUCUGUCCUUCACCCCUCACUCCAUAUCACACACCAGUCUUCCUAUGUCUCUUACCCCCUCCCUCCCUGUCUGUCCCUCACCCCCCUUCCCCUCUGUCCUUCACCCCUCACUCCAUAUCACACACCAGUCUUCCUAUGUCUCUUACCCCCUCCCUCCCUGUCUGUCCCUCACCCCCCUUCCCCUCUGUCCUUCACCCCUCACUCCAUAUCACACACCAGUCUUCCUAUGUCUCUUACCCCCUCCCUCCCUCCCUGUCCCUCACCCCCCUUCCCCUCUGUCCUUCACCCCUCACUCCAUAUCACACACCAGUCUUCCUAUGUCUCUUACCCCCUCCCUCCCUCCCUGUCCCUCACCCCCCCUUCCCCUCUGUCCUUCACCCCUCACUCCAUAUCACACACCAGUCUUCCUAUGUCUCUUACUCCCUCCCUCCCUGUCUGUCCCUCACCCCCCUUCCCCUCUGUCCUUCACCCCUCACUCCAUAUCACACACCAGUCUUCCUAUGUCUCUUACCCCCUCCCUCCCUCCCUGUCCCUCACCCCCCCUUCCCCUCUGUCCUUCACCCCUCACUCCAUAUCACACACCAGUCUUCCUAUGUCUCUUACCCCCUCCCUCCCUGUCUGUCCCUCACCCCCCUUCCCCUCUGUCCUUCACCCCUCACUCCAUAUCACACACCAGUCUUCCUAUGUCUCUUACCCCCUCCCUCCCUGUCUGUCCCUCACCCCCCCUUCCCCUCUGUCCUUCACCCCUCACUCCAUAUCACACACCAGUCUUCCUAUGUCUCUUACCCCCUCCCUCCCUGUCUGUCCCUCACCCCCCCUUCCCCUCUGUCCUUCACCCCUCACUCCAUAUCACACUCCAGUCUUCCUAUGUCUCUUACCCCCUCCCUCCCUCCCUGUCCCUCACCCCCCCUUCCCCUCUGUCCUUCACCCCUCACUCCAUAUCACACACCAGUCUUCCUAUGUCUCUUACCCCCUCCCUCCCUCCCUGUCCCUCACCCCCCCUUCCCCUCUGUCCUUCACCCCUCACUCCAUAUCACACACCAGUCUUCCUAUGUCUCUUACCCCCUCCCUCCCUCCCUGUCCCUCACCCCCCCUUCCCCUCUGUCCUUCACCCCUCACUCCAUAUCACACACCAGUCUUCCUAUGUCUCUUACCCCCUCCCUCCCUGUCUGUCCCUCACCCCCUCUCCUCAUCUGUCCCUCACCCCCCCUCCAUUUUCCUUACCCUCUUUUUCAUUCAGAUGUUGUGAGGUUUUCUUGUUCUGUUUGUCUCUGCCUGCUACCCGUUCUUUCUUUCUCUCUACUCUGACUAAGAAAUGUAAAGGUGCAAUCUGUAAAAAGGAUUGUCCCACAAACAAAUAGUUCAUUUCAAGCCUACAGUAUCAGUGUUGCAGUACACCUGCAAAUAAAACUACAGAUUGCACCUUUAACAAAAUGAAAGAAAAUAAUUGCUGUAUGGAACUAUCUCGGUAUUCAAUUCAAAUAUUUUGGCAGCAAAACCAAAUUACAUUUUUCAAAAUCGUUUUGUAUAUUAUGUACUUUGACAAACGUUGAGGGGAAGAAAUCUGGAUACUUAGACAACUGUUUUUUAAUGUGUAUGUAUACUUUUCAUUUGGUUUUUUGUAACUAACAUUCUGCAAGAAACGUUCCAUAACGGUGUGCCUUAAUGAACACAACCUCUAUGGGGGGAAGCCCAACUGUCACUUCAUCUUAAUGAACACAACCUCUAUGGGGGGAAGCCCAACUGUCACUUCAUCUUAAUGAACACAACCUCUAUGGGGGAAGCCCAACUGUCACUUCAUCUUAAUGAACACAACCUCUAUGGGGGGAAGCCCAACUGUCACUUCAUCUUAAUGAACACAACCUCUAUGGGGGGAAGCCCAACUGUCACUUCAUCUUAAUGAACACAACCUCUAUGGGGGGAAGCCCAACUGUCACUUCAUCUUAAUGAACACAACCUCUAUGGGGGGAAGCCCAACUGUCACUUCAUCUUAAUGAACACAACCUCUAUGGGGGGAAGCCCAACUGUCACUUCAUCUUAAUGAACACAACCUCUAUGGGGGGAAGCCCAACUGUCACUUCAUCUUAAUGAACACAACCUCUAUGGGGGGAAGCCCAACUGUCACUUCAUCUUAAUGAACACAACCUCUAUGGGGGAAGCCCAACUGUCACUUCAUCUUAAUGAACACAACCUCUAUGGGGGGAAGCCCAACUGUCACUUCAUCUUAAUGAACACAACCUCUAUGGGGGGAAGCCCAACUGUCACUUCAUCUUAAUGAACACAACCUCUAUGGGGGGAAGCCCAACUGUCACUUCAUCUUAAUGAACACAACCUCUAUGGGGGGAAGCCCAACUGUCACUUCAUCUUAAUGAACACAACCUCUAUGGGGGGAAGCCCAACUGUCACUUCAUCUUAAUGAACACAACCUCUAUGGGGGGAAGCCUAACUGUCACUUCAUCUUAAUGAACACAACCUCUAUGGGGGGAAGCCCAACUGUCACUUCAUCUUAAUGAACACAACCUCUAUGGGGGAAGCCCAACUGUCACUUCAUCUUAAUGAACACAACCUCUAUGGGGGAAGCCCAACUGUCACUUCAUCUUAAUGAACACAACCUCUAUGGGGGGAAGCCCAACUGUCACUUCAUCUUAAUGAACACAACCUCUAUGGGGGGAAGCCCAACUGUCACUUCAUCUUAAUGAACACAACCUCUAUGGGGGAAGCCCAACUGUCACUUCAUCUUAAUGAACACAACCUCUAUGGGGGGAAGCCCAACUGUCACUUCAUCUUAAUGAACACAACCUCUAUGGGGGAAGCCCAACUGUCACUUCAUCUUAAUGAACACAACCUCUAUGGGGGAAGCCCAACUGUCACUUCAUCUUAAUGAACACAACCUCUAUGGGGGGAAGCCCAACUGUCACUUCAUCUUAAUGAACACAACCUCUAUGGGGGGAAGCCCAACUGUCACUUCAUCUUAAUGAACACAACCUCUAUGGGGGAAGCCCAACUGUCACUUCAUCUUAAUGAACACAACCUCUAUGGGGGGAAGCCCAACUGUCACUUCAUCUUAAUGAACACAACCUCUAUGGGGGGAAGCCCAACUGUCACUUCAUCUUAAUGAACACAACCUCUAUGGGGGGAAGCCCAACUGUCACUUCAUCUUAAUGAACACAACCUCUAUGGGGGGAAGCCCAACUGUCACUUCAUCUUAAUGAACACAACCUCUAUGGGGGAAGCCCAACUGUCACUUCAUCUUAAUGAACACAACCUCUAUGGGGGGAAGCCCAACUGUCACUUCAUCUUAAUGAACACAACCUCUAUGGGGGAAGCCCAACUGUCACUUCAUCUUAAUGAACACAACCUCUAUGGGGGGAAGCCCAACUGUCACUUCAUCUUAAUGAACACAACCUCUAUGGGGGGAAGCCCAACUGUCACUUCAUCUUAAUGAACACAACCUCUAUGGGGGAAGCCCAACUGUCACUUCAUCUUAAUGAACACAACCUCUAUGGGGGGGAAGCCCAACUGUCACUUCAUCUUAAUGAACACAACCUCUAUGGGGGAAGCCCAACUGUCACUUCAUCUUAAUGAACACAACCUCUAUGGGGGAAGCCCAACUGUCACUUCAUCUUAAUGAACACAACCUCUAUGGGGGGAAGCCCAACUGUCACUUCAUCUUAAUGAACACAACCUCUAUGGGGGGAAGCCCAACUGUCACUUCAUCUUAAUGAACACAACCUCUAUGGGGGGGAAGCCCAACUGUCACUUCAUCUUAAUGAACACAACCUCUAUGUGGGGAAGCCCAACUGUCACUUCAUCUUAAUGAACACAACCUCUAUGGGGGGAAGCCCAACUGUCACUUCAUCUUAAUGAACACAACCUCUAUGGGGGGAAGCCCAACUGUCACUUCAUCUUAAUGAACACAACCUCUAUGGGGGGAAGCCCAACUGUCACUUCAUCUUAAUGAACACAACCUCUAUGGGGGAAGCCCAACUGUCACUUCAUCUUAAUGAACACAACCUCUAUGGGGGGAAGCCUAACUGUCACUUCAUCUUAAUGAACACAACCUCUAUGGGGGGAAGCCCAACUGUCACUUCAUCUUAAUGAACACAACCUCUAUGGGGGGAAGCCCAACUGUCACUUCAUCUUAAUGAACACAACCUCUAUGGGGGGAAGCCCAACUGUCACUUCAUCUUAAUGAACACAACCUCUAUGGGGGAGGCCCAACUGUCACUUCAUCUUAAUGAACACAACCUCUAUGGGGGAAGCCCAACUGUCACUUCAUCUUAAUGAACACAACCUCUAUGGGGGGAAGCCCAACUGUCACUUCAUCUUAAUGGACACAACCUCUAUGGGGGGAAGCCCAACUGUCACUUCAUCUUAAUGAACACAACCUCUAUGGGGGGAAGCCCAACUGUCACUUCAUUAAGUUGAAUUUUCACUUAGUCUCCUAUUGACAUCAACGCAUGACUACGUGAAAACGUGACUUAGGUGGAAGUUAGGAUUUGCUCCUAUGAUUGGCCAAUCAAAAAGCAUUCCACCGUGCUAGACUAGUUCCAUUCCAUUUCACAGACAUUCCAGUCAGAGAGGUUGAUUGGUUGAGUCUGAUGAGGGGGAGGAUUUUAAUGAGUAUCCUCUUCUGUUGUUCAUUUUUAAUUAAUGACACCAAACCUUUUUUUACUGGAAACCAUGUAUUUUCAAACAGUCUAUGUAAAUUAUUAUUAAAGAUAGACUUGACCUCA